CAUACCUUCACCAAGGAGGAGGAAAAGAAGUCAUGCUGCUGAACCACAGCCAGCCACUCUGGCCAGCAAAGACAAAGGGAGAUUUGCCUGUAGGAAGGACGGAAAUCACCUGCUGACAACAUGAAACGAGGAACUUCCUUUCUCUAAACACCACCCCUUUGGCAGUGGACCUGCUGACACCUCAGAGCCCGGCACUGAUAAAAAGGGCAGCCCGUGUUCCUUCGCCACACUCAGAAGCGAGUGGCAGAGGCUACUCAGGAGCUUGGAAGCUGCUGGCACUGCAGGCACCUCGGGUCGAAACGCUGACAAGAGCCAUGAGCGGUAACGCUGAGACCAGUCUGGCAGUCACUGGGAUUGACUUUCUCAAGAGCCAGAACUCCUGCCUGCACCACACGGAUGCGUACAACAUCAAGAACCUGGUGGUGCGACGGGGGCAGGCCUUCCAGCUGCAGGUCAGCUUCAACAGGGCACCCAGGACAACCGACAAGCUCUCCGUGCGUUUUGGCUUUGGCGAAAAGCCAAUGAAAGUCAGGGGGACCCUGAUGUCACUGAACCCGAAGUGGGAGCAGGAUCCCAACGAGUGGCGAAUCUCCAUCAUCAGGAGCAGUGGCAAAGAGUGCCUGCUGUCUAUCACCAGCUCGCCCAAGGCCCUGGUGGGAAAAUACAUCCUGAACGUGAAGGCUGGGACUAGCAUUUACGAGCCUGAGAACAGUGCUAUCUACCUUUUAUUCAAUCCCUGGUGCAAAGAUGAUGUCGUCUUCCUGGCUGAUGAGGCGCAGAGAAAGGAAUAUGUGCUCAACGAUACAGGCUACAUCUAUGUCGGCUCUGCAUACAACAUAUACGGUAGACCCUGGAAUUUUGGGCAGUUUGAGGACUUCAUCUUGGAUGCCUGCAUGUAUCUGCUGGACAAAAGCAAACUCAAGCUGAGCUACAGAAGGGAUCCUGUGCUUGUGUCCAGAGCCAUGUCUGCUUUGGUUAACGCCAAUGAUGACAGCGGUGUCCUGCUGGGGAACUGGUCAGGGAAUUACAGCCACGGGACCUCCCCUAUGGAUUGGAUUGGGAGCGUCUCAAUUCUGCAGGACUAUUACAGAACGAAGAAGCCAGUCUGUUACGGACAAUGUUGGGUCUUUUCAGGAGUCCUCACUACAGUCAUGCGUUGCUUGGGAAUUCCGUCCCGCUGUGUGAGUAACUUCAACUCAGCACAUGAUACAGAGGAGAACCUGAGAGUUGACGUUUACCUGAAUGAACUCGGAGAAAAGCUAGAGAAUAAAUCCUUCGACUCUGUCUGGAACUUCCACGUGUGGAAUGACGUCUGGAUGAAGAGGCCAGACCUGCCAAUGGGGUUUGAUGGCUGGCAAGCAAUUGAUUCAACCCCUCAGGAGAAAAGUCAAGGUAUAUUCCAGUGUGGUCCAUGCCCGCUGAAGGCUAUCCGAGAAGGGGAUGUGUAUUUGCCCUUCGACAGCAAGUUUGUGUUUGCGGAAGUGAAUGCUGACAAAGUCUACUGGGUUGUCAGGAAGGUGAAUGGCAAGGAGAAGUACACCAAGAUGGGCGUGGAGACCCAGUGCAUCGGCUUGAACAUCAGCACAAAAGCCGUGGGGCAGAACACGCGGGAAGACAUAACGGCGCAGUACAAGUUCCCUGAAGGCUCCAAAGAGGAAAGGCAGGCCAUGCAGAGAGCUACCUCCUUCAUACAGCCUUCAGGAAUGACACCUCGCGCGCGCUUUGGUUCACCUAUGCGCAUGGCUAACAGCACGGACUCCAGGCCUGAGGUCCUGCAGGAGGCAGUCUCCAAGACUGGGAUCCAGCUUGAGAUAAUCCAUAAAGAGGCUUUGUAUCCUGGCAAUCCCCUUGAACUGGCUGUCACCGUGAAGACCUCUACUCCUGGGAGCUGGACCAUCAAUCUUACCAGCUCCUGCCAGCUGCAGUCCUAUACUGGGAAAGUUCAGGCUAAACUUGGACAUAUCAAGGAGACCGUCAAGCUUGAAGGCAAAUCUGAGAUGCAGGUCCCUCUGAAAAUUAUGGCCGACGCAUACAUGAAGACACUGGCCUCAGUGGAAGAUGAAGCACUCAUCCACGUCACCGCCAUUGCCGAGGUCCAGGGGACAGAUGACAAGCUCACCAAGGAGACGACAAUGAGCUUCGAGUACCCCCCCAUCACCGUCCAGAUGCCAGAAACAGCCAAACUGAACAAGGAGUUCACCUGUGCCUUCAUCUUCAAGAACGAGCUGAAUACUGCCCUGGACAACUGCAAACUGCUGGUGGAGGGCCUGGGCCUGUUUAAGAUGGCAACGUUUGAUGAGGGGGAUGUAAAGCCUGGUAGGAUCAUUAAGUCUCAAAUAAUAUGCACUCCAACAAGACUAGGAGAGAAGAAAAUAGUAGCCAAGCUGACCUCGACCCAGAUCAAAGGGAUCUCUACAGAGAGGGCCAUCACCAUCACCGAGUAG